CGGGGAAAACGGGGGGCUGGUCCCGACACCCCCCCUUUGGGUGAUCCAACGGCGCGCCCUCGGUAAAUCGGCCAAUCGGGCCCAGGCCACGCCAGUGGGGAUAGGGAUUGGUGAAAUGAUGUUCAGGACAUCAACAGCCAGACGCCGCUCUUCUACGCCAUCCGCGAGGGGGACGUCGACGCCUGCGCCUACCUGAUACGGCAAAGGUGCGACCCGGACCAGACCGACUACCUCCACCAGUCGCCCUUGUUCUACGCCGCGAGCAGGGGCCACACGGAGUGCGUGGACAUGUUGCUGGCGCAGCGUUGCGAGCACGAGCGGGUGGACGAGAACGGGCAGACCCCGCUGUUCUGGGCGGCCAGCCGGGGCUGCAUCGAGAGCAUGCUGCGCGCCCGGUGCGACGUCAACCGGCGGGACGCCCUGGGGGACACGCCGGUCUUCUUCGCCGUCCAGAGUGCCCGGGGGAAGACCGCAUCGCACAGCGGCGCGGUGGAGCGGAUCCGGCUGUUGGUGAGCCACAGGGCGGACGUCCAGCUCGCCAACAACAAGGGCGAGACGUGCCUCUUCGUGGCGGCGAAGUGCGGGCUGCCCGAGAUGUGCCGGUUGCUGACGGACGAGAUGCGCCUGGACCCUGGGCGCUGCGACCGGACCGGCAGCACCGCGCUCCAGGUGGCCAAGAACCCCCUCACAGCCGCCGAGCUGCAGAAGGCGGUGUGCAAGCUGGCCGCGGAGCGUACCGUGGGCGAGAACCGGGAGGUGGAGGGCCUGGCCGCAAAGCUCUACAUCGCCGUGCAGUCCGGGACCCUGGAGGAGACGGCCAGCCUCCUGAAGGCGAAGGCCCAGCCCUCCUCGGUGGUGGUCACCGGCGGGGAGAACCUCGGCUUCCACGCCGCGGCGCGCGAGAGUGGCGCGCUUGACAUGCUGCAGCUGCUGGUCGCCCGCAAGCUGGACCCCACAGUGGUGAAUACGCGCUUGCACCAGACGCCCCUCUUCUUCGCGGUGCGCCCUGGGCCCCGCGCCGGGGGCCUCGAGUGCGCCAAGUAUCUGAUGCAGCUCCGGUGCCAGCCCAACCACUCCGACUUGCCUGGAGCUCGGCAGAGCAG